GGGGCGGGGCCGCCGCAGGCACGGGGAGCGGUCGGUGGAGCACCGUUAGAGCGGUCUGGCGCGCGGCGCCCGCCGCCUCCCGGGGAGCCGAGUCGUCCCUUGCCAACGCCCAGGCCUCGCCGGUGCUCGCCGGCAGGUAUCACCCCGCUCCCCGGCGGCUGUGGCCCACGCUGGGUUAAGACGAGGCAAGGACGGUUAGUCAGCAGUCUUGUAGCGGGAUCCCCUAGGAAGAGAAGUUCUAAAGCAGUCAGAAGAAAGCAUUUCCAUUUGGAAGAUUUAUUUGCAGGUGGAAAUGGGGAAUGGACUGUCAGACCAGACUUCUAUCCUGUCCAGCCUGCCAUCAUUUCAGUCCUUUCACAUUGUUAUCCUGGGUUUGGACUGUGCUGGAAAGACAACUGUAUUAUACAGGCUGCAGUUCAAUGAAUUUGUAAAUACUGUACCUACCAAAGGAUUUAAUACUGAAAAAAUUAAGGUAACGUUGGGGAAUUCUAAAACAGUUACUUUUCACUUCUGGGAUGUAGGUGGUCAGGAGAAAUUGAGGCCACUGUGGAAGUCAUAUACCAGAUGCACAGAUGGCAUUGUGUUUGUUGUGGACUCUGUUGAUGUUGAAAGGAUGGAAGAAGCCAAAACUGAACUUCAUAAAAUAACUAGGAUAUCAGAAAAUCAAGGAGUCCCUGUACUUAUAGUUGCUAACAAACAAGACUUGAGGAACUCAUUGUCUCUCUCAGAAAUCGAGAAAUUGUUGGCAAUGGGUGAACUGAGCUCAUCAACUCCAUGGCAUUUGCAGCCCACCUGUGCGAUCAUAGGAGAUGGACUAAAGGAAGGACUUGAGAAACUACAUGAUAUGAUAAUUAAAAGAAGAAAAAUGUUGCGCCAACAGAAAAAGAAAAGAUGAAUGGUGACACCUUUUAUAUCUGUGUGGAGUAGGUUUUCUCUGGUCUGAUUUUGACAAAUGGAAGUGUCUACAGCCUGGUUUGCCUGCCUGCCCUCCUGGAUGCUGUUUGUUUUGUUGAACAAUCAGAUGCCCAAUUCUUUUGCCUUGUGGAAGAUGAGUGAAUGCUUCUUAAAGUGGUCUCUUCUCCCUACCCCACAAAUCUUGGUACUAACAUUUUGGGAAGCCAAGCAAGAAUAGUAAAUUGACAAGAAACCAGUUGUGGAAAUUUGAACCUGAAGUUAGUGAAAUAAAACUUUUUGAGGAGUGUCUGCCUAAUGUUUUGUGCUUGUAUCUUUUUGGGAGAAGCCUUUGCCAAGGAUAUUGCAUACAAGGCUUUGUAUGCUAAGAGAAAAUAAAAUGAAUGGAAAUACUAAGGUAGAUUAACAUACAUACAAUUAUAUUGAUCACAUUGGUCCAACAAGUAAGGGACAAGGAGGAAGUGUUUUUAAGUUUGACCAAAUGAAUUUUGACAUUUUGUGGAAUCAUAUUGUAAUGCUAUCUAUAUCUUAAUUCUAGACAAUGUUUAAGUUGGUCUUUCUUAAAAUAAGGUAUUUGGGGCAUAUUCAAGUGCAUGGAAUAUUUUUCUCAACAAAGCAUGUUUUGGUGUAUAGUCUUUUCAGAAAUAGCUAUACAUUCUUUCUACACAAUCAGGUUUAAAACACUUGGGAUUUAGGGCUGUUAUUGUUUGUUGGAAGCACUUUGGAAGAACAACAUAACUCCUAUAUAGUAGUACCUUUGGGUAUGUAGAUUAAUCAUAAAUGCACAUGCUGGGAUUUAUGUAUGGAUUUAUGAAGAAAACAAUUCAGUCAAGAGGAUGUAACUGCAAUAUAUGGUCUCUAAAGUAUUCCAGUUAUAAAAUACUUGUUUUAUUAAUAUUUGCUGGCUGAACACAGACGUGGUUUCAUAUAAUUGUGUAGUGUUUUGGGAAGAGCAAAGGCUUUAUAAACAACACCUGAAGCACUGUGGAGUGAAAAUGUACGAGAUAACCCUGUAUGUACUCUGAGCUUUAACUUUUUGUUUACAAACUAAACAGUGUUAUACAGCCAAUCCAGUUCUGAUUAUAAGAUGAUAAGAAAUGGUACAGUACUACAGAUAAGAAUUCCAAUUACAGAAAAUGUAGGGGAAAGUAGCAAAGCUAUGUUUCGUGAAAAUUCACUUGGUGCUGUUUAACACUGGAAUUUUUAAAAACCCUUAGGAGGAAAAACCAUCUAAUUCUUAUCUAUAGGCAAAGACUUACUUCCAGAGAUCAUAUAUUAGCAAAUAAAAUGUCUGUCUGUAAAGCAAAUAGCUAUUCUGAAGAUAACCAAAAGAAAUGCACUUUGGUAGCCGGGUUUUGUUUUUGUUUUUGUUUCUUUUAAUGGCACCGCUGAGUUUUUGGAAACUUGAUUCUUGUUACACACAAAAUGAAGUAGCUUCCUGUGGAGCUUUCAUAUGUUAAAUAUACCUGCACUAGUGACAGUCACUUAGAAUGUUUAUAUUUAUAGAAAUGUGGAUAAUAAUUAUCAAUAAACUACUUGAGGCACUAGGAGAACAGUGUUUGAGUUUUAAUGUAUUUCCACUUUGGCUGAAGCUUUUAAUUAGGUGAGUGAUGAUAACUUUGACAGCUGGGUUACAUAGUUGUAUAGUAGUAUGGUUCUGUUUAAGUGUGACAGACACCAAAGACUGUUUUCUUGGAGAGUUUAUAUUUGCCCUUCACUAUAUGAAAUCAUGGUCUAUAGUCCAAACAUUACUAGAUUCAUGGUGGAUUAAUAAACCUUGCUGAAAAAUAAAUCUGUGAAUCAAUUUAGAUUGUCAGCCCUCCUGUAAUCUUUACAUACUUGCUGUAUAAAAUAGUACUGUUUUAAUUAUUGAAA